GCACCCACGACACUCAUCUCGACAGCAACCUAGCCGACAAGAUGAGAGCCAAAUGGAGGAAGAAGCGCGUUCGCCGUCUCAAGCGCAAGAGAAGAAAGACGAGGGCUCGCUCCAAAUAAACGUCUCGCCCCCUCAAUCACAGCUGCCACCUCAAUUCUGAACGAUAACGAAUCAUGAACGACACGUUUCUACGCACAACCUUCCGGCCACCUCGCAACCGCUGUUUACCGCAUUUCGGUCUUCCGGGCUACGUCAUUCGGCCGACACGCGACACUGCGAGCUUCUAAAUCACACCAACGGAUGGUCACGACUGUGCUGGAUUGAGGAUCACUAUGGGCUGCUGGUCAACUUUACGUUGAGGUUUUCGAGAGUUUACUUGACUCAGAUGGUCACUCUAACACCGGCUUGCUUCCCCAAGGAGGCUUGCCUUUGACUGAUACAUCAUGCCAUGUGGAUGCACGAUAACGGAAUCAAAAAAUGCUUCACGACAU